AGCAUAUUGACAAGACACUAAAGGUCAAAGAACAAUCAACCAAAACACUCGCUUUACCUUCCCAAAAAAAGUUCUCUUAUGGCUGCUUCUUCUUCUGUGAGACCAACCACAACGGGACCUCAAGUGUUCAUCAACUUCCGCGGAAAAGAUGUGCGCAACGGCUUCUUAAGCUUUCUUGAGCCUGCCAUGAGAGAAGCUAACAUAAACGUCUUCAUAGACAAGCAUGAAGUGGUGGGCACAGAUCUGGUUAACCUUUUUGUUAGGAUCCAAGAGUCAAGAGUAGCGGUGGUGAUCUUCUCUAAGGAUUACACAAGUUCGGAAUGGUGCUUAGAUGAGCUGGCCCAGAUCAAGGAUUGCAUCGAUCAAGGCGGUCUCAAUGUGAUUCCCAUCUUCUACAAACUUGCACCUUCCUCCGUGGAAGAACUCAAAGGAGGCUUUGGCGAUAGUUUCAGGGUUCUAAAGUGCAAAUAUAAAGACGAGCCUGAAAGAACUCAAAAAUGGGAAGAAGCUUUAAAGUCUAUUCCUAAAAUAAAGGGCCUGACCUUGUCAGAAAAAAGUGAUAGGAACGAAAGAGAGUUCAUGAAUGAAACGAUUUUCGAGAUUCAGAGAUCGCUGUCACAAAUCGCCGUGAAGGGAAACCCGAAGGUAGAAUCGAAUUCACUAGGAGGAUUUAUGGUCCCUGCAAGGAGACUUGUCAUUACUCACGCUGAGAAUCCUGAAAAAUGGACCUGGAGUGCUAUCUACGACAGACCACACAAAGCCGACAUCGAAAUUGCAACGAUGAUUAACACUCAUAGCUUAAUAAAAAUAAACGGAGAUUUUCACACGAGAAAAUUGAUACCGGGGAAAAAGUACGAGGUGGUGUUUCUUGUGAGGCUAGAUGAUACAUCUUUGGGAUGGAAGAAUGACGUGACCCUGACGCUGAAGCUGGUCAUGGGUGAUAAAACGGGAAAUGAGAAAGAGAAAAAGUUGUAUUUGGACGAAUACAUAGGAGAAAAUUGGGUGGAUAUUCUUGUCGGAGAAUUUGAGGCGCCGCCAAAGAAAGACGACGCAAAGAUCUUUUUCUCGAUGUAUCAGUAUGUGGACACUGACAAGAAGAGUGGUCUUGUUGUCAAAGGUUUUGCAAUUCGUCCAGCGUAGUGAGGCACAAAAGCAAAGCAUACUGGAUCAAAUUUCUGUUUAACUAUUAUUUAUAUAACUUCAUUUCAAAAUAAGAUCAAUGCAGGUCA